AUGGCGCCUCACGCUGAGCCUGAAGCCGUCACGGACACUUCGGCCUUCGUGGUGGACGACCCGGUCCUCGCCAGCGGCGAAACGCAUUCAGUCUUUACCGUCGACCAUGUCCUGCCCCAUCGCCAGAAGACGGGCCCUCCCCCAACGACCGUAGCCGCCUUCUCGAGCGCGGACAUGUUCAAAAGCAAAGGGUGCUUCCGAAAGCCAGCGGCCAAGCGGUGGGACCAUCGUCUCUCGACCGAGAGCAAGGCGCGACAGGCGUCCUCGUUGAAGGGUGCCAUGAAGUAUUUCCGGCCCGAGACCAUCAGCCUCUGCGGCGGAUUGCCCUCGAGCGACUAUUUCCCCUUUGAGGAGCUCAGCGCAAAGCUGCCCGUCCCGCCGGAGUUCUCGGAAGUGGAGACCCAUGAGUCCGGCCGGGUCUUCUCGUCGGGCAAGCACGAUGCUCGCCAGGGGAAAGCACUCCUCGAUCUCUCGAUCGCGCUCAAUUAUGGCCAGGCGAUGGGCCCCGGCGCCCUCGUCCGCUUCCUCACCGAACACACGGAAAUCGUCCACCACCCGCCGUACUCGGACUGGGAGAUCUGCAUGACGGCGGGCAGCACGUCCGCGCUGGAGAUGGCGCUCCGGAUGUUUACCGAGAAAGGACACUACGUCAUCACCGAGGAGUAUACGUUCAGCACCGCGAUUGAGACGGUCGCGCCGUUGGGAUGUGAAAUGCUGGGGAUCAAAAUGGACGCGGACGGCAUGCUUCCGGACGAUCUGGACCACAUUCUCUCGACCUGGGACGAAACCGCGCGGAAAGCACCCAAACCGUUCCUCGUCUACACGGUGCCGACGGGCCAAAACCCCACCGCGAGCACGCAGUCGCUGGAGCGCCGCAAACAGAUCUACGCCGUGGCCGAGAAACACGACCUGUACAUCCUCGAGGACGAGCCGUACUACUUCCUGCAGAUGGAACCCUUCGUGUCGGGCCAGACGCACACGGUGCCGCAGCCCUUCCAGCCGGUGCCCGUGGCGGACUUCCUUGGCAACCUCGUCCCGUCGUUCCUCUCGCUCGACACCUCCGGCCGCGUGUUGCGCCUGGACUCGUUCUCCAAGAUCAUCGCCCCCGGCAGCCGCUGCGGCUGGGUGACCGGGUCCGCGCAGGUGAUCGAGCGCUUCAUCCGGCACAACGAGGUCAGCGCGCAGAACCCGGCGGGCUUCGCCAUGGUGCACCUGUACAAUCUGCUCGAGGAGAACUGGGGCCACCGGGGGUUUCUCGAGUGGCUCAUGUUCAUCCGCGCCGAGUACACGCGGCGGCGGGACAUCAUCGUCAACGCAUGCGAGCAACACCUCCCCGCCCAGGUCUGCAGCUGGAGCCCGCCCAAGGCCGGCAUGUUCCACUGGAUCCGCAUCGACGUGACCCAGCACCCGCUGUAUCGGUCCCGGCGGAGGCACGACGACGGCCACAACGUCCAAGUCGACCACGCCACCCUGCUCGAGAUCGAGGACGCCGUCUUCCUUGCCGCCGCCGACCAGAACGUCCUGAUCGCCAAGGGCUCGUGGUUCCGCGCCGAGCGCGGCAGUGACACCGAGCUGUUCUGCCGCACGACCUUUGCCGCCGCGCCCGCCGAGAAGAUCGUCGAGGCCAUCAGUCGGGUGGGCGCCGCGAUCCGAAAGGAGUUCGGGCUGGAGGAAACGCAGGAGAGCCGUCAGCAGCAGCAGCAGCAGCAGCAGAAUGGGCAUGCGAAGUAA